UACGAUUAUCCGAUGCUUAUCCUUCCAAGGUCCUCGGUGUCUAUCUAGUAUGGCGCGGCGCGUCAAGAAACCUCCGCGUCUACGUGGACUUUACGUUCACGCUUUUAAAUCGGGAGCACUUCUCCAUGAACGAAAGCUUUUCCGGCAAGCGCGUCAAGUUCACUUACGAAGCUCCCGCUCAGGGUAACCGCAACUACAUCGCCGUUGCGGAUCUGUACAGUCGUAAUUUCGCCGAUCCGAACGGCGAGUUUCAGCUUGAGCUGUCCAUGGCGAAUGUGCGGACAGUCUACAUGACCGAGGUCAGAAUGCCGACGUCGGUGCUCGGUCAGCCGAAACCGAGCAAACUCGAAACCGACUACUUCGCGUUCGGUGGAUUCGACUGGAAUCUGGUCAUCUAUCCGCACGGAGAGGGAAAGGAUAACACGGACGGAUCCCGCGGUCAGGACAGUCGCGUGAGCGUCUAUCUGAUAAGACUGUCGGGUUUCGAUCACCGUUGCAGAGUGAGGUACAUUCUGGCUCUGGGCGAGGGCGAUCGGCGUAUCGACUCGGGACAGAUCGAGGACAUCUCCGACUCGGAAGGUUGCGGCUUCGGCUGGCACACGAAGUUCAGAUGGUCCGAGAUCGCGCACAAGGGAACGCUCCGGGUGUCGUUGGAGAUGCUCGAGGCGAGAACUAUUUGCGAAGUCGCGGUACAAGCGUUAGGCCCGACGGUUUUGCCAGCCGCGCCUUGCUACGAUCGCGACAAACAGGCCUGGACAAUUCGCGCCGAUCUCAACUCCGACACGGUCAGACUUCAUUUGGUGUACAAAGACAUUCAUAACGUGCCGAGGAAUCAUUUGAGGUACGUAAGUUGGUCGGCUUAUCUGCUGAAGCGCGAGGGACCAAACGUCGUGGCGAUUGGACUGCCCGGCGAACCGUUCAGCCGCUACUACGUUCAGGAAUCCGUCGACGAGGGUAUCAUCAUGGAGACUAACGUAGACAUGAACGACGUGAAGGAAAAUCAUUGUCCAUAUCUCACGGAUAAAGGUCAACUGCUUAUCCGGUUGGAGUGGAACGAGAGUCACUUGCUCUUCCAGGCGACUUAUCACAAGUACGACGACGUGUGUCGCGUUCACAAUCAGCAGAUGCGACGCGAGAUCAUGUCGCUGCAGGCGGAAAACUACGGUCUCGAACGGCAGUUGUUCAGCUAUCAGAAGAGUCUUGCGUACGCGCAGGCCCAGCAGCAGCAGCAACAACAACAUCCAAAUCAGCAACAUCACUCGGUGGGACAUCAAGGUCAUUUAGAGCGAUCGGCGUCCAGCGAGACUGAAUACGCCUGACAAGUGGAACGCGAGUUACCGG